CCGCACCGACACCGACAACCUUCACUUCACUUUCACACUCGUCUGACCCCUCUCACUCGGACCCCCGCCGGCCGCCGCGCUACACCCAUGCUUUGCCCUCCUCCUGAGAUGCGAUACCACUGCACAAUUUCCCGGAGAAUAUCUUCAUCUUCUGUCGCUCCUCGCUGAUAGAGAGCAUGCCCGACACGGGGUCGGCGGGGGCCGCCAGUGUUGCGACCACCGCCGGCGACGGCCCCGAAAGCUCCCGGCACCGACACCGAGCCCAGCAGGGAGACGCGGAGAGGCCGGAGCCGGGCGCUGCCCCGCCGCAAGCCUCCUCCGGUGUACUGGAUAAGUUGUUUGGAAAGCGGCUGCUGCAGGCUGGGAGACACAUCAUGUCUCAUAAGUCUUGGAUGAAAACGGUGCCCACAGAGAACUGUGAUGUGCUCAUGACAUUUGCAGACACUACAGAUGACCACACGUUGCUAUGGCUACUGAACCACAUCCGGCUGGGAAUCCCAGAACUCAUCAUCCAAAUCCGACAUCAUAAGCACACACGUGUCUACGCAUUCUUCGUCACCGCCACAUAUGAAAAUUUGUUGCGAGGUGCUGAGGAGAUGGGAUUGAGGAAAGCAGUGAAGCCUGAGUUUGGAGCAGGAACUCGGAGCUUCUCCUGUGAGGAGGACUACAUCUACGAGAACAUUGAGAGUGAGCUGUGCUUCUUCACCUCACAGGAGAGACAGAGCAUCAUUAAAUAUUGGCUGGACAAUCUACGUGCCAAACAUGGGGAGGUGCUUCAUAAUAUCAACUUCCUGGAGGGCCAGCCAAUCAUCCCGGAGCUGAGUGCACGAGGUGUGAUCCAGCAGAUGUUUCCUCUCCAUGAGCAGAGGAUCCUGAGUCAGCUGAUGAAGUCUUGGGUCCAGGCUGUUUGUGAGAAACAACCUUUAGAUGAUAUCUGUGACUACUUUGGGGUGAAGAUUGCCAUGUAUUUCGCCUGGCUGGGUUUUUACACCACUUCAAUGUUAUAUCCUGCUGUCAUUGGUUUUGUGCUGUGGAUGCUAACCGAGUCAGAUCAGACAAGCCGUGACAUCUGCUGUGUGGUGUUUGCACUAUUCAAUGUGGUGUGGGCCACUCUGUUUCUGGAACGGUGGAAGAGGAGGGGCGCUGAGCUGGCGUACAAAUGGGGGACACUGGACACGCCUUCUGAAUCCCUGGAGGAACCACGACCUCAGUUUCGGGGAGUCAAGCGCUGCAGUCCUAUAACAGGAUGUGAGGAGUUCUACUAUCCUCCAUGGCGGAGACGUGUGUUCAGGUGGCUGGUCAGCCUGCCCAUCUGUAUCCUCUGUCUCUGUUUCGUCUUCCUGUUCAUGCUCAUCUGUUUCGAGCUGCAGGAGUUUGUGAUGGGGAUCAAGGAAAUGCCUCGGCUAGCUCGCUUCAUCCCCAAAAUCAUGCUAGCUAUCACUGUGACCGCAUGUGAUGAGGUGUACAGAAAAAUUGCCUGCUGGCUCAAUGACAUGGAAAACUAUAGACUCCAGAGUGCCUAUGAGAAAAAUCUCAUCAUCAAAAUGGUUCUUUUUCAGUUUGUAAAUUCUUAUCUCAGCCUUUUUUACAUUGGAUUCUACCUCAAAGACAUGGAGCGGCUGAAAGAGAUGCUGGCCACUCUUCUCAUUAUACGCCAGUUCCUUCAAAAUGUGAAGGAAGUGCUGCAGCCUUACCUGUAUGAGCGCCACAAGCUGGGAGAGCUUACACUGCGAGCUGUGUGGGAUCUGCUGCUCUCAGUGUUGAUGAAAUAUGCCCGGCUGGCAGCUGGAAAAGCCCAGGCUUCUCCCACUGACCAGACCAUGCCAGGACCUGGCCUGAGGGGCACCAGGCCUGGGGUGGGGCAGACAGACAGAAGAGAAAAGAAGUGUUUGAACGGGGGAUGUGGGGUGCCUGAUGAAGAAGAGGGACGUGAGAGGGACGAGGCUGACAGCGGGAGGUUCAGUGAAGGAGAGACGGAGGAGGAAAGUCUAAUUGACUGCGGUUUGAAAUUGAGGAAAGUCAGCUUCAUAGAGAAGGUGGACAAAAGGCAAGCCUGCAGUGUGCCACCCAUGCAGAACAGUUUCCUGGAGGAGGGGAGCCCCACUAUGGUGGAAAAAGGAAUGGACCCUGCUUCUGUGUUUGAGAUGUGUGACGACGACGAUGAUAAUGGCAUCCAUGAUGUGAAAGAGUCAGGUGGGGCAGGGACAGGUGCGGCAGAAGGAAUUAAUGCUGCUGCUGCUGGUGCUGCUGCGGCUGCUGCCAGUGGCACCCAUCUACCUUCUGGGGCUGAGAGCAGCACAUCAUUGCGGCACAGAAGAAGAGGCAGGAGUGUAGAGAGGGCUGAACCUAAAACGAAAAGGGAUUCAUGGAUUGACCCCCCUGAGGAGAAAGAGAGCACCACACUCACCCAGGCUGAGAUAGAGAGCUGCAUGCAGACUUAUGAGGACACUUUCCAGGACUACCAAGAGAUGUUUGUUCAGUUUGGCUACGUGGUGCUCUUCUCCUCAGCUUUUCCCCUGGCGGCCAUGUGCGCACUCAUCAACAACAUCAUUGAGAUCCGCAGUGAUGCCUUUAAGCUUUGCACUGGUCUGCAGAGGCCCUUUGGACUCAGAGUGGAGAGCAUCGGCCAGUGGCAGACUGCGAUGGAAGCCAUGGGCCUGAUUGCAAUCAUAGUGAACUGCUACCUGAUUGGUCAGUGUGGUCAGCUGCAGCGUCUCUUCCCGUGGCUCAGCCCUGAGAUGGCCAUCAUCUCAAUCGUCAUCCUCGAGCAUUUUGCAAUCCUCCUGAAGUAUAUCAUCCAUGUGGCCAUUCCCGACAUUCCUACUUGGGUUCGAGAGGAGAUGGCUAAACUGGAUUAUCAGCGCAGGGAGGCCUUUAAGAAGCAUGAGCGGCACGCGCAGCAGCAUUACCAGCAGCUGCAGAGGAGGAAGAGGGAGGAGGAGGAGAGGCAGAGGCAGGCGGAGCAUAUGGCCCGCAGGGAAAGGGAGCGGGACGACGGCAAGGGCGACUCCUCUGGGGAUCACCACCACGACAAAAGUCACAGCAGCAAGUCACGCACCGGUGGUGGAGGAGCAGGGGGCGGCGGGUCAGACAAGCCCAAGAGGCCCAGCUCUCUGUUGGCCAACAAUAAUGUGAUGAAGCUAAAACAGAUCAUCCCGCUCCAGAGUAAGUUCUCCUCGAGUGGUGCCCGCUCCCCUCAGUCACCCACCGGCAGUGAGCCAAAGCUACCCGGGUUCCUGAGCUUCAAAUUCCUCAAGUCACCUGAGAAUAAGAAGGAAUGUGCUGCGACUUCGUCGGCUGCCACCGCAGGCACAAAUGCCACAGCGACAGCAUCAUCAUCAUCCUCAUCAUCAGGUAGCAGCUCUCAGGAGCGUUCUCAGUCACCCAGCAAAGCCUUCAACCCUGGGAAACUGUUUAAUUUUGGGAAAUCUGAGGGGGGGACAUGUGUGAAUGGGGCUCCGCUGCCCAGGUCUGGGGAAGGAUCAUCAUCACAGACGUCAGAUAGACAAGCUUCCAGGUCUGAUUUGAACGGCGUACCGGACGAGAUCCCCUCUCCUGGAGGGGAAGGGUCCCAAAAUGGACAUUCAACAGACUUGGACCCGGUUGGUCCGAAAGUCUAGUAGCUCCAGAUUGAACAAACUUGUCUUUGGUUACAUCUAACUGAAGAAAUGAUGUGUUUACUGUGAGGAAAGGCCUAACCUUCCUUCUGUGCUAUCACAGGCCAUGUGUCGAAGUACUUGAAGCAGAGAAAUGAAAAGUUGAAAAUGAUGAGAGGUGACUGUCGAUUUGGUUUGCUUUUUCGCUGAGACAAAAAAAAAAAAAACAGGCUUCUUAAGAAAGACGUAACCCUCCUACCAUGACAGGAAAUACACACAAACGCACACACACACUCCCUUACACACACAAACAUAUGAAUCCUUCCUUGUCUGCAAUACAUAAAGAAAUGCAUGAGCUGCGUUUCUAAUGUUUUUAAGCCUUUAAAGCAAAGAGCUGUGUUUCUUGAUUUCUUCUAGUCAGAAAUUGUAAGCAUCUUGGUGGCCUCCCACUAGGACGUAACAGUCUGUUGUGGAGGAAAAAGAUUAAAAAAAAAAAAAAAAAAAAAAAGUAUACAGUGGUAUGAAAGGAUCACCGAUUGUACAUCAAAUAACUACUGAGGAUGUUUUUAGCCAUCACAACACAAGUGAUUUAUUAGAUAACUGUCUCAUUUUUGACUGUGAAGAAUUCUUGGGCCCUUCACUUUUAUAUUGAAGUGGAAAAAUGGAAAAGCAAUAUCAAUCAGUGUUUUAAUUAUAAAUAGUACUUCAAUUCUUAUCAAUCAUCACAUAAACCCUCCCUUAAUAAGCAUCCCCGAUAUAUCACCAGCUUUAUUUUCAAAGCAGAGGUGAUGAUGUCUGAGCUUUGUACACUACUUCCCAUCCUGUGGCAGUAUCAGAUCUGUUUGAAAAGAAAGUAAGAAAGUAAAGAGCUUAGUAAGUCAAGCUGUCACAUACCAGUAUUUUUCCCAAGAGAAAAGGCAAAAAAACAAACAAACAAAAAAAUAAAAAUGCAGAAGUAGAUGUAGGUAAUUUGGAGAAAAUGGAGCAUGGAAGCCUGUUGCUUGCUGUUCCCCGUCCGAGCUUGUAGACCGCCUUGUAAACACAGAUGGUGCUCCAUUCCACGAGCGCAGAGUUGAAGAAGAUACAUUUGCACUAAACCCUUACGCCCUGCAUAGAAACGUAUCUCUCUCUGCAGGAGAGAGGGCCGACACCAGCCUGCCUCAUAACAUUAUGCAAAAGCUGGAUUGUUCCGAUUUCCUCCUUUCACACACAAAACAUGCUAUCUACUCACCUGUCCUGCCCUCAGCAACAAAGGGAUUUUCCUAAAUAUUCAGAUUAGGCUUCUUUUCUGUUUUGUUUUUAGGUUAAGUUGUUGUUUUUUUUAUAAUAGUUGCUCUUAUUUCAGUUGAGCUCCGUAUCUUUUUUAUACGAGCCAUUUGCUGCAUUCCUUUAAUGCAGUGCUGAUGAUGGGAUCUCCUUUUUUAACCAAAGCGGUAUUUUUCGGAUUAUACUGUUAACCCAAGAUGUAUGUGCUGUAUGUUUUGUUGAUCAUGUACAUCAUGGAUAUACUAUAUAUUGUUCUUUGAGUAAUCAAGCCCAUCAUCUACCAUUAACCGGUAUUUCACUACUGCAGGGUCUCCAGAGGGUGGUGCCAGAGUUUAGCUGCAUAGCAAAUUGUGUUGUUGAACCACUUAUGUUGAUGUGCUAUUGACUACUUGCCCAUGCCAUCAGUGUGUGAUACAGCAAGGGGAGCAGACUGCAGUUUAAGAGGGCUUUGAAAGGAAAACGUAUAAGACAGUCAUUAGAAAAGGUACACAUACACACUAUAGGAUGAGAGACGAGAACAUUAACUAUGCAUUUCAAUACCACCUCCUCUGGCAAGGAUUUUGGCAAUAACACUGAGUUGCAGGAGACUUAUCUGUAAUACUAUAAGUCUAGACUAACCCCUCCACCCACGGCACCCAUCAACCCUGCAUUAUCCCCAGUCAGACUCUAUGCACCAUGUUCCUGCUACAAAACCUUUUCUUUGUGUCCGCUCAGUAUUCACUGUCAAUGUCAGUGAAUGCAGUACACUCUCAGCUCCCUCCUGUGUCAUAUUUAAUGCAAGGAAUCUCCCCUGACUCACUAUUAAAAUAAUAAUACCAAUAAUCUCAUCCAUCAACCGCUUUGUGUUCACAGAAUCUGUCCCACCUGAGGUUGGUUAUGACAUUGACCUUUAAGUUUCUGCAUUUUGCUGCUGCUUUCAUGAUAUCUGUAACAACUUAACAAGUCUAGUGCACUUUUUCAAUCACAUGCAUCAACAGACAAGAUGGGCAAAAAUAUGAGAUUCUAUUAAUUAUAUUAAAUGCAAUAAGGAAAUAGACAGGAGAUUAAUUUGUAUGGUCUCAGUAUCAUUUUUCUGUCAAUCUAUGUUCUUUUUUAUACUUAGAGGUCAUUGUUUAUUACAAAUGUAAAAUGAGAUGUGAAAGGCUGAGAGGAAUGCAAUAUGAUCAGUGUCUUUUGUAUCAUUCUCACAGGCUGGACAUUGUUAAAGAGACACAUGAUAGAGAUCAGGGCGGUAUCACGUAGCUGAGCUUAGUCUCAUCAAAAUCUUUUUUUUCUUGCAGCAUUUGGAUUUCAGGGAUGCAAUAGAGUCCAUAUAUCAUUUAAAAGUUUGUGUAGAAACGAGAAGCCAGCGACAAAACAGGUGACUUAAAUGAGAGGAGAGACGAUAAGGGCAUGGGCUGACAUUGGUGCAACACAGUGAAUCUGAGCUUAGGCCUCCAUGUAGGUUCCUCCUUAUUCAGGGAAAACAUACAACUUCAUAAAAUGGAAAUGGAUUGACCAACUUAUUACUUCUUUCAUCCUUGCACUUUCGGCAGCAGCAUAUUGUCUUCUUCUGAAUAUUGUUAUUAUGGAGGUCUUUAAAUAAGUUUUGUUUGAAGUAAAUCUAAAUAUUGGAUAGUUUUGGAUAUCGUAGAAAACAUCUUCAAGACACAUCCAGAGACAGCACCAUCACUGUUUUCUCGGGCCCAGCACAGGCGUCCGUUACAGAAGGACAUCAGCUCAGACAACCGAGACGCUUCAUCAGCCGUCUCAAAUUCACUAUCAAAGCAACAGCAGUUCUUUACAAGGUUUUUGGCUCAUUUAAACUUAACAAGCACCAUGAAACAUGUGAAAUCAGUGGGAUUGGACUGAAUGAAUUUAGCAAACGUAUAGUAUUCUGGAUUUUAAGAGUGGACAUGAACAGGUGAGAUUCUCACCACAGCUACAUUAAAUCCUGACCCUAACCUCAGAGUUUAAGAUUAGACAUCUUCAUGGAAGCCUCAUUUACUGAACAUCAUAUGCUCUUCCAAUGUACCACUGUACAAAAAAAAUCUUUUAAAGAAAAAUACUGGGAAAUGGGACUAUUUAUUUCUUUUAAUUUAUUUUGUCAUAUUUUUGUAAGACCUGAAAAAUAGUUAAUAAAACUAUUUCAAAUGCA